AUGCAGACGGUUUCUGGAAUCUUACCCACAACGUUAAGCCCAUCCGAACUUAAAUCUGAUGAUGAAAAUACCUUCCAAUUUGACGAGGAGGCGGAAGUAUCAAAACCUUCGGACAAAAGCGAAGAUUUGCGAAGAUUGAUUAGUGAGACUGCCCAACUGGGUAUCAAAGUCGACCAUAUUCACAAUAAGACUGAUCAAGAAAUUGCCAGGUUGGAAAAAGUGAUCGAAGAAGUUGCUAAAAACGAUAGUAUCUUUAGAUCCUAUUCCAGUAGAUUUAAGAACCAAAAGCAUGCCUCAGACAGCGAAGACAGUGUAAACGCUCAGCUGAUGAGCCUUUCUCAGCUGCAUGGCCGCUAUGAUCAUGACUGGAAGCAGAGAAUAAAUAAAUGGUUCAGGAAAAAUAAGAGCAAAUCAGCCCUUAGAUCUACCAGCGAUCUCAGGGUGACGAAUGACUAUAACGAGCUUGAACUGCAUGGACAACUGCUGGAAGAAGGAAGCACACCUUAUUCCAGUGAGACUGAUGGUUUUAUGAAAGGACUAAAUAUCAUAUCACCAUUAACCCCGGAAGAUUUUGACAACGACGACACAUGUGUCAAGAUUGACGAAGCCAACCAAAUUAAUGCUGCUUCAGACUCGAACAAACCGUCCUUAAGUCCCACAUUCGGGAACCACACGAGCAAGGAGUUGGUUAGCAAUGAAACAGAAAGCAUUAUUAGCGAACCCCCUCUGCAAGAAAACAAAAAGACCAUGUUGAAAUAUCGAAAUGUGAGAACGUCUUUCAACACGAUGAGUUCUGAAAAGGUGUCUUCGAAAAACAACAGUGGUGUGUUUCGUAUCUUCCAUAGAAACGCCAACAUUGGUGACAAAAAUCAAGAAAACGUACCACGUGUGUGGGAUGUAGUUAAGGACAAUCUGGGGAGAGAAAUUUAUCUCUUGCAAGAAAGAUUCAAAAAAUGGACCGCAAAACAUCAAGACGCUAGGAAGGACCCAAAUCUCAAACAUGAGGCCGUCGCCAUCCCCUUAUCAUUAUCCGACCCGAGGACGGGAACGCAGCUGGAAUCUAAAUUCUGUUCUAUGUCUGGAGCAGAGGCCCAAACUCCGGUACAAGUAUGA